AUGUGUCGGUUCCUCAUCCCCGCAGCCUUCUAUAUGGAGAUGGAGAGCUACUGGUGGGUACGAGAUAGCAUCGGGCUGAGGCAUAACUUCGUCCCCUACCCACCUCCGGAGCUGCCAACCACAGCCGACGAGCAAGAACAACCUGGACAAAGGUAAUGUGUUAUGCGGUGUCCGCUUGUGCUGCCUCCGUUCGCCGUGAAUUUGCUGGGUUGCAGACACCUUCUCGGACGGAAAGGUUUGGCCACCGAGUAAGAACCCGUGUCAACAAUCACCGCCGUGUUGACAAUCACCGCCAAGCCCUAAUUGUUGGCUUGUUCAUUGAAGCAUUCUGUACCUGAUCAAGGGGGCGGGUUUUGUGAUGAAAACGUCACUAGCCUGGGCCCUCGCACCCCGA